GUUUCUAAAAAUAGUUGUGUGAAAACGCUGACAUACAAUUUUCCUUUACGUUUUCACUGCAUUUCAUCAUAAAAACAAUAUACAUUCAAACAAUUCUAGAAGACUAUACAGCCAAUAAGAAUAUAAUUCAGAAAAGAAUGUAACUGUGUUAUUAGGCGUAUAUGACUGCUGUUGUUUGUGGCUGUGUUUGUCUUCUUUCCUUGAUUUUUUUAGUAUAAAUUAAACACGGUAAUCAUGACUUCAAAAUGUAUUUUCCAUGAUGAUAAAGUCAGCUUUUAUGAAGUAUGUAAAAUUAUCCAGAAAGAAAAGAUCAUUUGUAAAGCAUUAGUGGAUAGAUAUGCAAUGGCAAUCUGUUCUUGUAGAAGAAAUGCAAGCAAUGUUAAUGAGGAUAGAAUAAAUUUUGAUAUGGAAGAAUUACAAGUUCAAGUCCUUACAAAAAUGUCAGCGAAACAAUGGGAUGAGAACAAUUUGAAAAUCAUAACUAAUUAUAUCCAUGGUCUCCCUGUCGAUGAAGAAUUCAACCAGAGUGUAAAGAUGUUCCUGAAAUUUCUUAGUGAUGCAUUCAGUAAAGAUUUUACAAUGUUAGAAUCUCAUUAUAGAACAAGGGUAAUUAAAGCUGCAUCAAAAUCUGUUAAAAACAUGAGUGCAAAUAACUACAACUUUUUUAUAAGGAAAAAGAAACGGAAAGCCUUAAUCAAAGCCAAAAUAACUGUAACAUUAUUUGGCGGAAAUACUAAAUAUUUAGAGCAAGAUGAAGCGAUUGGAAAACAAUUUAGUGUGAUUGGUAAACAGUUUAAUUGUAUUCUGUCCAUAAAUGGAGAGGAGACUGGAGCUUAUAUGGAUGAAGAUAAAACUUUAUCAGUUUUAAAUGUAUGGUGUAAUGAUCGUGAAUCACUAGCCGCAGCAUCUAAAAUAUUGGGGGAAGUGGCACAGAAAAUACAGACUAUACACAGCAAGCCUAAGAGACGGGCCAGACGUCAUGUUGCAAGUAUAAAAACUAGGGUGGUGAAUCCUGGUGACUCAAGAAAAGAAUAUGAUGCUAUUGAUAUAAAAUAUGAUUUAUCAGAUAAUUAUGAACUGAAGAAAUUUAAACAAGGAAAAAACACUGGAAAGAAUAAGGUAAAAGUGAAUGUUUUAAAAGAUGGACACUGUCGACAUUGUAGAAGAGCCUUUGACACUCUGAAAAGUUCAAACACAGAUGGAGAUUGUCAGUAUCAUUCAGGAUAUGUAGUAACUGGAUAUGGUAUUGGUGGUUAUGAAUGGAAUUGUUGUGGACAUGUAUUAAGGAGAUCACAUCCUGAAGUUGAAGACUACAGUGAUAAUGGGUGUACAACUGGGAGACAUUUGUGGGUACCUUAUAAUGAUAAAAAAGAUAGUAGGCUUAGAAAGAAGACAAGUGCUGUGAAAUAUAAUUAAUGUUUUUAUCGAUUAAUAUGUCUGUGAUAUUUUCAUAAUUUAUUACUUUUGCAUUUAUUGGGCUAUUUGGGCACCAAAUAUAAAUAUUUAUAUCUGUGAAUUUGUUGUUAAUUACUAUUUUGUUAUAUUUAUGGUUACAUGUAUAAUUUUAUAACACAAACAUUUAUGUAUCUUAAUUGUUGUUUUGAAUUAAAUUUAGUUAUGCAGUAUCAUAAGUUUUACAUUCAUUAUUGAGAUAAAAGAAAAAAUGAUUUCACAUUAAUGUGCAUUGCAGGCUUGCUUCGCCUGUGCAUUUAUUGGAGUUAUUUCCCUUCAAUCAUCUAUCCUGAAUAGAGGGUGGAAAUUAUGUUUUAAACCUACUCAACACCAACAAGGUUAUUUUAUUUCAGUAAUUCACUUGCAGGAAGAGGAUUUUAAUAGUGGAAGGAAAGCAAAGAACCUGGCCCCGAGUUCACAAAGCAUUCUCAGACUUAAGUUGAGAAUUUGCUCAACUUUCAAUCACUGUUUAUGAGAAAUAUCUUUGAUCCAGAUACACAAAACUUUGCAUAUAGUUUCUUAUUGAUAUAUCUGAUACAUUAAAACAACAAAAUUAUUAUAAAGGGCUAUAUUUUAGUUAAAAUAAGGUGAACAAUUUUAAGUAAAUUCUCAACUUAAGUCUGAGAAUGCUUUGUGAACUCGGGGCCAGGUGUAUGCAAAUACACUUGUUAUGAUUUAAAGCAUUAAAUCACUUGUUGACACUCAAACACACUCUACCCUGGAAGUAGGCAUAUAGAUGUAAAAGAAUUCUAGGGCCUCAAAGUCUAAGGCUCUGGAUAUCAGCAUUGAACAAACUAUAAACACAGGGCUCCUCACAGAAUUUUUAACUCACUUCAUUAAGGAUUUCAAAUCGCAGUCAUUAUAAUUGGACUUUUGCAUUUAAAUAAUGGUGGUUGU